UUGGAAUGGGUCCAGAUAGCUGUCAGACACUCUUCUGAAGGUUGGUGUUAUAAGGAAUUUCAUAGGCCAUGGAUCUGAGGUCAUAAAGACUAUACAUAUUGCUGUUGUGAUAAUAUUAUCUGAGAGAACAUUGGCAAAAUGUCGAACUUAUCAAAUGUUAUAUUACUGAUGCUCUUUCUCAACUAUGGUGCAGUUAUGGUGUCAAGUCAACGAGCGAAACGAAGACCAUCACGCAACGAAACAAAAACAAUGAACCUGCAGGGAGGUGGUACCAUAACAAUAAAUAAUUUUGUUAACUGUUUACCAGAUGAUGAGAGGCCGGGUAGCAAAGGUCUCAACAAUGCAGAAAAAAAUUUCUUACUCGAUGAACCUGAAUGCCCGUUAACAUCUUACGAAUUCCACCAACCUCGCCAAACAACAGAUUACAUUCGUGUAAAAACUCCAGUUCCCGAUAUGUAUACCGGUACAGUUUGUGCGUGGAUAAGUACUGGAGCAGACGGUAUGAUGCAAGGCACAUUGGUCAGUUACGCAACCGCGAAACAGUUUAAUAGUUUAAUCCUGUUUGGGUACAAGAAGAACGGAACGGCAAAACUAGAUGUCUUCAUCAACGAUGAAGGGUAUUUCACUGAUCUACCUCUUACAAAAGAACGGCAAAUACAUUUUUGUGCUGCUUUCAACGUUAUAGGCGGAUAUGUGAAAAUUUUCAUUGAUGGAUCUCUCGACAAAACCAUUGCUCGAUUUCAAAAGAAAGUUGUUAUUGAAGGUGGUGGCGUUCUUAUUAUCGGACAAGAGCAAGACGGCCUUGCUUCGGGUUUCAUGCAGGACCAAUCAUACAAAGGUCAAAUUAGCAAUUUCAUGAUGUGGGAUAGAGAAUUGGAAACACGAGAGAUAAGAGUAAUGGCGGAUGAAGGCUGCGAAUGUCCCAGGGACUAUUUUGCAGCAUUAACACCAGAUUCAGUGACACUAGCUGGCGGUGUUUCUGCCAAAGUCAUGAAGAAAUGUCCGGCUACAAAGUGAUUAUUUUAAAGUAUAAAACACUGACUCUGUGCUUUAGUUUUUGUUGUAUGUUUUUCCUAUUUCUGUUAUUUAAAUAUGUUUUACUGUGCAUGUUGAUCGACGCCAAGUUAGGGUAAUCACUGCAACCGCAGACAAGCAUAGUCGUGGCGAGCAUCGGUAAAAUUUGAAGCGGCUGAAGUAUUACUUCGUUAUUUUUCUUUUACGUUUUAAUUUACAUGUAAAAUAUAAUACAUGAAACCUAAAAGCUAACAAACGUUUUGUUAUUACCCAAUGUGCAAUUUGAUGCCCGUCUAGGUAAGACUUACUGCUUGAUAGGGUUUUGCUUGGAGCUAAAAUGAAAAAUUAUUUGUCACCGAUAUUCUACACAUUUAUCAUCAUUCUUGUUAACGAAAAACCUAUUAAUUAAAACAAAAUAAAUAUUAAAAUUCUAGUAUAAUACUUUUAUAAUUUUACCGAAGUUUUAUUGCAGUGUAAUAUUUCAUUUUGCACGAGUUCCGUAGUUAUGUGCGUAGUGUUUUUUUAUGUGAGUAAAUAAAGAUGUAUU